AAACUGCAGAAGAAGAAGAAGAACAACGUGUUUCCGGACACGUGACUGUGGCUCAGCAGCAGCAUGGCACCGCCAGGAGGAAAAAUAAACAGACCGAAAACUGAGUUGGGAAAGAAGCUUUUCAAGCGACGGCGAGUUCAGAGCCGAGAAAAGAGGAAGAAGCAUCAGAUCGUCGGCGCCGUCGUGGAUCAAGGCCUCAUCACCGUCCACCACCUGAGGAAGAGAAGGUCGAGUCCACGAGCAAACAUCACUCUGUCUGGAAAGAAGAAGCGGAAGCUGCUGAAACAGCUGCAACACCUGCAGCAGGAGAAGGCGUCUAUGGAAGUUGAAUUGGCACCACAGAAGAAGAAGGACUCCUCUUCAGCUCUAACCCAGAGGAAGAAGAAGACGACUUCUGGAGGCCAAGGCGACGUGGAGAUGGCAGACGUUGACUGAACCGUCAUUGGAUGAAAAACUUCAGAGCUUCAUGUUUGUGAUUCUGCAGAAAAACAAAUCUGAACAACAAAAGUUUGAGCAGGAAAAUAUGGAAGCCCGUUCCCGACAAAAAACCGGAGCAGCAGUUCAUCUGUAGACGUUCAUUUAAUGACAGAAAACUGUGGAUUUCCCUCUUGCUCAACAUUUUUCACCCAAACAUCCUGAUAUUUCUUGGUUGAACUUUUAUUUUCCUAAAUCAGCUGCAAACUUCCCUGAAACGGGGGAAAUAUUUUCCUCAUUAAUAGAAGUAAUUCUGAAUAUGUUAUGAAUUAAUAACUGGGAGUUCCACAGGCUCAGUUCAGAACUGUACUAAAAGGAAUAUUCAACGUAUUUCCAGCAACUUUUACGUUUAGGCGUCAUUAUUCAGAAAAAAAGUAUAAAUUUAAAUAAUAUCCUCUCAUACUGUUAAUGGCUGUUUAAAAAAGCUUCUUAAAGUUUUUGUAAUGAGGAUCGUUGAGUCCAGCUGGCAGGUGCUCAUGCUGCAUUUGAUGUACCUCAGAACUGCUUUACCAAAGUUAAUGUUCGACAGAAUAUGUCAAACAUGUUCAUUUACUUAAUAGAAUAAAACAUUUGUCACGUUA